AUGACACAGUUAUUAGAGACAUUUCGUCUAUUUGAUUCAAACGAUGAUGGUUUCAUUAGUUUCGAUGAGUUACGAAAUGCUUGGCACCGCUUAUGUAUACCAAUAAAUGAUGAUGAAUUAAGAACAAUUGUUGAACGAAUUAGUAGUAAAAAAAAUGAAUGUCGUAUAUCAUUUGAUGAUUUUCAGACAUUAAUGUUAUCGUAUCAAACAAAACAAACAAAAAGAAAAAAUGAUAAAACGGCAUAUCUUGAUGAAACAUUUCAAGCAUUCGAUAAAAAUCGUGAUAAUUACAUAAGUGCAGAAGAAGUAUGUCAGACAAUGCAACAGUUGGGAGAAAAUUUAACCUUGGAAGAAGCAAAAGCAAUGGUAAAAUUAGCCGAUAGAAAUCAAGAUGGCAAGUUAUCAAAAGAUGAAUUUGCUGAAUUACUCCAAAAUUUACAGAAUAAUUCCAUUUCACCCUAA